AUGGCAGAGUCUGGCGCCGAAGCAGGUGCGCCAAACUUAAACCUGACACCAGACGAGAAACGAUACUACGGACAGUUGUUCCGACAGGCCGACACCGACGGGGUGGGUGUCGUAACCGGCGAUGUUGCAGUCAAAUUCUUCGACAAGACUAGGCUUGAGUCUCGUGUUCUCGGAGAGAUCUGGCAGAUAGCGGAUCAAGAAAACAGAGGCUUUCUUACCCCGGCUGGCUUUGGCAUCGUCCUACGUCUGAUCGGUCAUGCGCAGGCUGGCCGCGAGCCCACGCCCGAUGUCGCUUUGCAGCCUGGGCCUCUGCCUCGAUUCGAUGGCAUCAACAUACCAGGCCUGGCACCCCAAACCAGCGGGUCUGGUCCUGGACCGACUGCGAUGCCUCUUCAGGCCCAGGGCACCGGUGUCCGAAUCCCGCCCUUGACACCCGAAAAGGCCGCCCAAUAUGCGGGUCUUUUCGAGCAGCAGAACUUAGCCCCCGGAAAUAUGCUCCCGGGUGACUCGGCGCGCCAGAUCUUUGAAAGAUCUGGCCUGCCUACCGAGGUUCUCGGACGCAUAUGGCAGCUAGCCGAUACAGAACAGCGGGGCGCACUGGUGCAGACCGAGUUCAUCAUCGCCAUGCAUCUCCUGGCCUCUACCAAGCAGGGCCACCUACGUGGAUUGCCGAGCGUUGUACCCGCUGGUCUCUAUGAGGCUGCAACUCGCCGCCCGACCGGAAUUCCGGGCCAAAGAAGCCCUACUUCAGGGGUGCCUCCCAUUCCCGCGAUUCCCAGGCAGUUGAGUGGGCAGUCCCAGAUGAGGACGGGGAGCCCUCUUGGAAGGUCACAGACAGCACCUGGAGGCGACUGGCUCAUAACCCCAGCAGACAAGAGUCGGUUCGAUCAGGAGUAUGCCAAGCUUGAUGCGGGCAACAAAGGGUUCAUCACCGGAGAGGAAGCUGUACCUUUCUUCAGCCAGUCCAACCUACCAGAGGACACGCUUGCACAGAUUUGGGAUCUUGCCGAUAUUAACUCAGCUGGCAGGCUCACACGCGAUGAGUUUGCAAUUGCCAUGUACCUUAUCCGACAACAGCGCACCAACCGCAACGGUGCCAACACGCUACCAGCUACUCUUCCUCCCAAUCUUAUCCCACCCAGCAUGCGAGGUCAGGUCAGACCGCCUACAGCUAAUGCAGCCCACUCAGCUUUUGAUGCGCCUGCUCAACCACCCCCGCCGCCUGCCCAGCCCAAGUCCGCUUUGGAUGAUCUCUUCGGCCUGGACACCCCUUCCGCGCCAGCUGCACCUGUACAGAAACCGAUCACAACAGGAGGCUCCAACGAUCCUUUUGGGAGCAACGCAAGCCCGGCAUCUGCAUCACCUGCCAAACAGUCCCCCACUGUUCCCACCUUUGCUCCAUUUGUCCCGUCCUCCUCGUUCGGUCGCACGCUCACCGCACAAACAACGGGCGCCUCCAAUAGCUCCGCCGGCGCGUUUCCCAAAGCAGCUCCAGCACAACGGCCGCAGCAUCCCGGGACUUUUGAUGACGACCUGCUGGGCGAUAAUGAUGAAGGCAGCAAGAAUGUUAGCAACGACUCGGCUGAGCUUGCAAACUUGUCGAAUCAGAUUAGCUCCUUGAGCAAACAUACACAGGAGGUUCAAGGCCAGCGCACAACUACGCAGAAUGAACUGAAUCAGUCGGCUGCGCAAAAGAAGAACUUUGAGCAGCGCCUCGCACAACUGCGUGCCCUGUACGAGAAGGAAGCAAAGGAUGUACGGGCGCUAGAGGAUCAGCUCAAUGCCUCUCGGAAUGAGACCAAGAAACUGCAGACGGAGAUGGCCAUGCUUGAAGGCACAUAUCAAGACCUUCAGAACCAGCAUCGCCAGGUUGCUACUGCGCUGCAAGCCGAUCAACAGGAGAAUACCGCCUUGAAGGAGCGCAUUCGGGCCGUCAAUGCAGAGGUGGCCCAGCUAAAGCCGCAGAUUGAGAAGCUCAAGCUGGAGGCACGACAGCAGAAAGGAUUGGUUGCCAUUAACAAAAAGCAGCUGGCCACCAACGAGUCGGAGCGUGACAAGCUCAAGUCGGAGAUGGAUGACUUGUCUAAGGGAACAGGAGAACUGAGCAGACAAAACACCGGCUCUGCCGCCCAGGUGGCUAGCCCUGCUGCCUCGACGUCGACUGUCAACAACCCUUUUUUCAGGAGAACCGGGAGCACAGACAUCAUGGGUGCCUUUGCGUCACCACCUGCGAAGCCAUCGAGCAACGACAAGUCGUUCGAUGAUGUCUUUGGCCCAUCGUUCGGCUCCGCAUCCAACACCCCACCACCCACUACCGCCUUCCUGGCAGCACAGAACACGGGCGCUUCUACUGGCAGUGCGACCUCUUUUGCUACACCUGCCACCUCAAAUACCCCUAACCUGAGUCGACAACCCACACUGACGACGGGCGAACCCCCUGCGCCGCCUGAGUCCCGGCAGAUCAAUUCCAGCUUCCUUCCAUUCGGAGAGUCAGAGUCUUUAUCAUCAUCCCGUCAGGUAUCCCCGCCUGCGAGCAGGAUGGGCCAGGCAGAUAUGCCGCCAUCUGAGUCUGCCCAGAAACAGCCGACUGCCCCGCUGCAGCCCACUAACACGGGUCUCAGUGCGGCUUCAGGAUCUCAUGGCGAUGCUGCUGGCACCACCUCACCAACUCCUCGUGCGGCCAUUCACUCGCACUCCGACAGCGUCGGGGACCCCUUUUCCUCGGUCGAUCAGGCCAAGGCUAAGGACGAUUUCGAGUCUGCUUUCGCAAGCUUCAAGAAUGCACACACGAAGCCAGCGGCAGGAGGAGCAUCCGCAUUUGACAUGCCAUCUUCGUCUACUGGUGGAGCUGAAAAGAAAGAAUCGACGAUGGCUGCUUUCGCCGCCGAAUUUCCGCCCAUCUCGGAGCUGGAACGUGAUGACGAUUCCGAGUCUGAAAGUGAUAGAGAUGGAUUCGAUGAUGACUUCGCGCCAACGUCUCCGAAACCCACAACGGAAACGAAUACGACUGACGUUGCCUCCUCCAAGGACACCAAACCGACAUCCCCAUCCACUGCACCUUCAGGGGCUGAUGGCGCUUCGAGCAACGUUGCAACGACACCGGCUGCCGCUACUUCAUCUACUUCUGUGAACACGGCGAUGCCACCCACUUCGGGUAACGCGGCCUCUGCCACCGUUCCUACAGCUACACGUCCCCUGAGCUCAGCAGGGCCAAGCGGACCGCCACCCACUGCUCCGCCGCCUCUACCGGAAAAAAAGUCUUUUGACGAUCUUGACGACGACUUUGAGGGCUUGGAAGACGCCCAAGAGGGCUCGGCAGCCGAUGAAGACUUUGCCAACAUUUCUCGCUCGGCUUUGGAAGACUUCAAUCCCGUCUUUGACGACUCGUCGCCCCCAAGGAGUCACGCAACCAAGAGCGAUGUCUCCAAGGAUCCCACUACUGGUACUGGAGCGCCAAACCUGGGAGCUGAGACAAGCAGCUUUGACUUUGUGAGCGGAAGCAGCGCUUCACUUGGUAGCUCAAGUGCGCAACCAGCCUCGACGGGUCCGGCGGCUCCGGCUAAAGUUUCGGCUUCAGGAGCAGCUGGUGAUGCUAGCACUGGAAAUGACAACCAUGACUGGGAUGCUCUCUUUGCUGAUCUUGACGGACCGGCCGCUGGCAAUACCGGCGCUGUAGCCCCGGCCGCAACAGAGAAUUCAACGCCGGCAAAGUCAUCUACUGCCGCGUCAUCACGGCCAGCUGAUGUGAACCGGCUGUUGUCUGAGGAAGGAGUGCAUGAUGAUCCAAUCCUCAAGAACCUGACCAGCAUGGGAUAUUCUCGUAAAGAUGCCGUGGCCGCACUCGAGAAAUAUGAUUACAACCUCGAGCGGGCUGCCAACUACCUCGCAAGUCAGUCCUGA